UGACGUGUCCCUCUGGCCGCCGCCCUCCCUGCUCAAGCUAUAUAAAGGACGCCGCUCACCCCCGUCGGUCUUUUUCGCUACGGGUUUGCCGCUGCUUCGGAGGACCUUUAUUGGAGCCGACGGAAAAGCCUAUCUAACCACCCAACAUGGGAAAGGAAAAGACCCACAUCAAUAUUGUUGUCAUCGGACACGUCGAUUCUGGCAAGUCCACCACCACUGGUCAUCUUAUUUACAAAUGUGGUGGGAUCGACAAGAGAACCAUUGAGAAGUUUGAGAAGGAAGCUGCUGAGAUGGGUAAAGGCUCCUUCAAGUAUGCAUGGGUAUUGGAUAAGCUGAAGGCAGAACGUGAACGUGGUAUCACUAUUGAUAUUUCACUCUGGAAAUUUGAAACCAGCAAGUAUUAUGUCACUAUCAUUGAUGCUCCUGGACACAGAGAUUUCAUCAAAAACAUGAUUACUGGUACAUCCCAGGCUGACUGUGCUGUCCUUAUUGUUGCUGCUGGUGUUGGUGAAUUUGAAGCUGGUAUUUCCAAGAAUGGACAAACCCGUGAGCAUGCCCUUCUGGCUUACACUCUCGGUGUAAAACAACUAAUUGUUGGGGUCAACAAGAUGGAUUCCACUGAGCCACCUUACAGCCAGAAGAGAUAUGAGGAGAUUGUCAAAGAAGUCGGCACAUACAUAAAGAAAAUCGGCUACAAUCCAGAUACAGUGGCAUUCGUGCCAAUUUCCGGCUGGAAUGGAGAUAACAUGUUGGAGCCUAGCUCUAAUAUGCCCUGGUUCAAAGGGUGGAAGGUGACUCGUAAAGAUGGUGGUGCUAGUGGAACUACACUGCUGGAAGCUCUGGACUCUAUCUUGCCACCAACUCGUCCAACUGACAAACCUCUACGCUUGCCACUUCAGGAUGUCUACAAAAUUGGUGGGAUUGGUACCGUUCCAGUCGGUCGUGUGGAAACUGGCAUUCUAAAGCCAGGCAUGGUGGUGACAUUUGCUCCAGUCAAUGUUACAACUGAAGUAAAAUCUGUUGAGAUGCAUCAUGAGGCCCUAAGUGAAGCUCUUCCUGGUGACAAUGUUGGCUUCAAUGUAAAGAACGUAUCUGUAAAAGAUGUCCGUCGUGGUAACGUUGCUGGAGAUAGCAAAAAUGAUCCCCCAAUGGAAGCAGCUGGAUUCACAGCACAGGUUAUCAUCCUGAACCACCCAGGCCAAAUCAAUGCUGGCUAUGCCCCUGUUCUGGAUUGUCAUACCGCUCACAUUGCUUGCAAGUUUGCUGAGCUGAAGGAAAAAAUUGAUCGUCGUUCUGGUAAGAAGUUGGAAGAUGGUCCAAAGUUCCUCAAAUCUGGAGAUGCUGCCAUAGUUGACAUGAUUCCCGGCAAGCCUAUGUGUGUUGAGAGCUUUUCUGACUAUCCUCCUCUGGGUCGUUUUGCUGUGCGUGACAUGAGACAGACCGUGGCUGUUGGUGUCAUCAAGGCUGUUGAUAAAAAAGCAGCUGGUGCUGGGAAGGUCACAAAGUCUGCCCAGAAGGCUCAGAAGGCUAAAUGAAAAUUCUGUACAACCGCCACCUCAGUCUUAAUCAGUGGUGGAAGCAUGGUCUCAGAACUUUUUGUCUCAAUUGGCCAUUUAAGUUUAAUAGUAAAAGACUGGUUAAUAAUUACAAUGCAUCGUAAAAGCUUCAGAAGGAAAGGAAUGUUUGUGGACCAUUUGUUUCGUGGCAGUUUCUAAGUUAUUAGUUUUUAAAAUCGGUAAUCUUUUUUUUUUAAAUGGAAACAACUUGACCAAAAUCUGUCACACAUUUUGAGACCAUUAAAAUCAAAAGUUUAAUGCAAAGUCUCUGUGUUCUUUGGGGCUAUUGGAUACACUUUGAUAUUCAAAAAUGUUGUGCUUUGCAGAGCAGUAUGGUAGCUAAAAGUAAUUAUACCUCAUUGAUUUGGGGAACGUGAUUGCAAAAGUAUUGCAGCACAGUCUUAAGCGUGAUCUUAGUUUUGUGCCAACAUUUAAGAAUUAGAAAAUAGUAAAGGCGUUAAAGCUCAAGUAUAUUGAAGGUACAACAUAACGUUUGUAGAUUCAAUUUUCAUGUUUAAUAUUCAAAAGCACAUGUAGGCAGCGACUUCCGUGUUUCUGUGCUAUUAGUAUAGGGUAGCGUUCGGUCAUAUUAAAUGGAAUUUUCAUUGGAGCAUAGUGUGAUCAUGUUGCAGGUUAUGACACAGAAAUUCACUUGAUAAAGAGUAUUUUUCAAGCUAAUUGCUGCAAGUGAAUGGGUGUUAAAUCAACUAAAAGAUCAAAUGCUGUUUUUCUGCUUUAUAAGAAAAUUCUAAGUUUAAUGUUUUCCAAGAUAAUUAUACUUCAUCUUUAGUAUAAUUCUCAAAUGAAAUUACACCCUUCAAAAAAAUCAUGACCAGUUAAACAUUUAAAAUUUUGUUUAAAAGCAAUAUUGUGCUGAGAUUAAUCUGUAUUCAGGUUCUAGGUGUUAUGCCAAAGUUGGUAGUUUAAGUCCUAUAGUAAAUGAAGUCAGUAGUGCCAUUUCCUUAGAAUAGAUCUGGUAUUUAAAUAGUGCUAUCAGAAGAAGACAUUGCUAUGCACCAUUUCGGCUUCAGAAUUUUAAUUUUCAUUUGUGGUAUCCUACAGAGAUGUGGUCAAUAAAAAAAUAUUGUAGCUUUUGUGGAGCUUCAUAAAGGACAAUAGCAUUUUAUAUUAACAUACAUGAACUGUUGGCUGUUUUUACCUAUACAGCACAAGGUGUAACAUGCAGAAUAACAAGCUUUUCUAUCCUUAAAAUACUUGGUUCCUUUCAAAUUGUUUUGAUGCUCCUGUUACAGCUGAGUAUUUUUAAAGAAUUCGUGGUGAGAGUGAAGCAUUGCUCUUUUUAAAAUGAGAACUAAAACCUGAGUUUUAAAGUUUGGAUUGUACCUUCAGUUUCUCUCCGUGUCUGACUACUAUAACUGCUAGAUAAAUGUAACAGUGAAAAAAGUAAUGACAACUUGGCAGUAUUAUUUUCAAGGAAUAACAGUUUGAAGAAAUGACAUGUAAUAAGUACUUAGCAAAGCUACUUUCAAACCAUGAAAGCCUUAGAUUUAAAAUAAAGAUUAGGGGGAAAAAAGUAAUUUCAGAAAGUUAUUUUUAACUGUUAGCCUCAAGUGGGCAGAUGAAAGUACUGCUGCAUUGUCCAGUGGUGUUUUCCAUUUGUUAUUUAAAAGGGCUUGGACCAAAAAAAAACCCACUGAGAAACAUUGAAGGCAAACA